UUGAUCUGUUAGUAUCUAUGUGUCGGUCUGCGUUAGAGUCACCUAGGAAAGUUGUCAUUUUUGAGCCAUAUCCUUCUGUAGUUGAUCCUAAUGAUCCUCAGAUGCUAGCCUUUAACCCUAGGAAGAAGAAUUAUGACCGAGUCAUGAAAGCAUUGGAUAGUAUCACCUCUAUUAGAGAGAUGACGCAGGCACCUUACUUGGAAAUAAAGAAGCAGAUGGACAAACAAGAUCCACUUGCACAUCCUCUUCUACAGUGGGUCAUUUCUAGUAAUAGAUCACAUAUUGUGAAACUACCGGUGAAUAGGCAACUAAAGUUUAUGCACACUCCCCACCAGUUCCUACUUCUGAGCAGUCCACCAGCCAAAGAAUCCAAUUUCCGAGCUGCUAAAAAUCUUUAUGGAAGUACCUUUGCAUUUCAUGGUUCACACAUUGAAAAUUGGCAUUCCAUCCUCAGGAAUGGCUUAGUUGUUGCUUCCAAUACAAGGUUGCAGCUCCAUGGUGCAAUAUUUGGAAGUGGAAUCUACCUUAGUCCAUUGUCAAGCGUAUCAUUUGUUUACUCAGGAAUGAACAAGAAGCAGCAGAAGGUGUCAGCUAAAGAUGAACCAGUUUCGGGCAGUAAAGGCAGUAAUACAUCACAGUUACAGAAGAAAGGACAACAGUCACAAUUUUUGCAAAGCUGUAACUUAAAAUGCAUAGCCUUAUGUGAAGUGAUAACUUCUUCCAAUCUGCACAAAUAUGGAGAGAUAUGGGUAGUUCCAAAUACGGAUCAUGUGUGUACAAGAUUUUUCUUUGUUUAUGAAGAUGGUCAAGUGGGUAAUACAAAUAUAAAUACACAGGAACCAAGCAUUCAUAAAGAGAUUCUUCGAGUCAUUGGCAAUCAAACUGCUACUGGUUAAAAGGACCACUCAUAUUUAAUUGUGAUUUGGAAACCUUCCUCAGUCUCAAAGUUGGAUUUUGAACUGAAGAAGAUGCAAGAAAUGAAUUUAUUAUUGUCAUUAUUCUAAGUAAAUUAACCCUUUGAAUACUUACUGUUUUCUUACUUAACAUUUCUUAUCUCAAAAAUACCCGAGAUGGUAUGAAUUAGCAAGUGUAGGGGUGCAAAGUCUAUUAAUAUAUUGCAACUAUUAGUAAUUAAACAGGUCUUUGGGUUGCUCACAAUAAACAGACUUCAAAAAGGAGUUUUGUGCUGAUAUUUUUACAUUAAAUUUCAGUUGGAGAUUUUAGCACUGCAUACUGGUAUUUUAAAUUUGGAAUGACUUCAUUAUAAGCAAGAUAGAAGAUUUUUAUAGUAGAACACCUGUAUUAUGCAGGAUACUUUGCAAUAAGUAAAAUAUUCUGUAUUUAAACAUAAUAAAAGGUUGCCUGAAACAUGUCAAAUUAAAGAGAUUGGUUACCUACAGCUAACUUUGAUUAUAUUACACAGAUACAUUAGAUUUAGAAUCAAAGGUUAAAAUGACAAUACAUUUUUGCUUAAUGAAUGAAACAAAUCAAACAGUAACUUUCGUAUGUUUAGUUUCCUUUGUGUUCUCUGGAAACAUUGUCUUAUCAUGGCUAGGCUUCGUGAACAAAGAUUUGAGAAGGGCUCUACCCACGCUUGCUACAAGCGCACUGAUGGCUAAAAAGGCCAAUGCAAGAUAGACAAGUCCGGUUGCAGAAGGUACAGCAGAAAGACUCCCCAGGUGAUAUCGAUGAGACACGAUUCUUUCUGCGUUGUCUUUUCUCCUCAAGAGUGAUCCUGUGUGUGUUCUCAAAAGCAGCAGCAGUGUUAUAGAUGGUGUGUCUCCAGGCCUCCUGAUUGGAGGUCAGAGCAGACCAAUGGUGGGGAUCAAUAUGACCAAGGAUGAGGGAUUGUUUCAGGCAGUCCUUGUAUCUCCUCUUCGGGGUUCCUCUCUUGUGGCAGCCAGUGGCAAGUUCCCCAUAGAGCACGAUCUUAGGGAGGCGGUAGUCCUGCAUCCUGGAGACAUGCCCUGCCCAACGCAACUGUGUUCUCAGCAGUAUGGCCUCAAUGCUCAUGACUGUUGCCUGUUCAAGGACAGAUGUGUUGGUCACAUAGUCAGUCCAGUGGACUUUUAGGACUGUACGGAGGCAGCGCUGAUGGAAGCAUUCUAAGAGACGCAAGUGGUGGCGGUAAAUGACCCAUGAUUCAGAUCCAUAUAAAAGAGUAGACAGAACAAUGACUCUGUAAACACUGAUCUUAGUACUUUUCUUCAGGUGUUUGUUUUGACACACUCUUUUAUGGAGUUUACCAAAAGCUCUGUAUGCUUUUGCUAACCUGUUCUCUAUUUCUGCAUCAAUCUUACCAUCUGAGGAGAUGAUGCUUCCCAGGUAAUUAAACUGCUGGACUGAUUUGAGCUUUGUUUCACCAAUGGUGAUAUGGGGAUGAUGGGAGACUUCCUGAGGUGCAGGCUGAUAAAAAACUUCUGUUUUCUUCAAGUCAACUUCCAGUCCAAAAAGCUCAGCAGCCUCUGCAAAGCAGGAUGUUAAAUGCUGCAGAGCUACUUCUGUGUGGGCGACAAGGGAGGCAUCAUCAGCGUAAAGCAGCUCACGGACAAGAUGAUUUAAGGUCUUAGUGUGGGCCUUCAGUCACCUUAGGUUGAAUAGGCUCCCAUCGGUAUGAUAUCGAAUGCAGACACCGUUUUCUUCAUCGAGUUCUACCGUGGCCCUUUGGAGCAUCAUGCUGAAGAAGACUGUGAAUAAAGUUGGUGUGAGAAUGCAGCCUUGCUUCACACCAUUGGCUAUUGGAAACGGCUCAGAAAGUGCGUCACCAUAUCUGACUUGACCGCGCUGGUCCUCAUGAAACGAGAUGAUCAUUUUGAGGAACUUGGGAGGACAUCCUAAACGUUCCAAAAUCUGCAACAGACCUUUUCUGCUCACAGUAUCGAAAGCCUUGGUGAGAUCAACAAAGGUAACAUAGAGUCCUUUGUUCUGUUCCCUACACUUCUCUUGCAGUUGUCUGAGAACAAAUACCAUGUCUGUGGUACCUCUGUUGGCUCAGAAACCACACUGGCUUUCAGGUAGAAGAUCUUCUGCUAUGGCGGGUAUUAAUCUGUUCAAAAGAAUUCUUGCUAGGAUUUUACCAGCAAUGGAGAGCAGAGUAAUACCUUGGUAAUUUGAGCAGUCUGAUUUAUCUCCUUUCCUCUUGUACAAGGUGAUGAUGACAGCAUCACAAAGGUCUGAAGGCAGUUCACUUCGUUCCCAACAGCGCACCACAAAUUCGUGAAACUUAGCAUGGAGUGCAUGGCCACCGUGAUUCCAGAUUUCAGGUGGGAUUCCGUCAACCCCAGCUGCCUUGCCAAUUUUCACCUGCUGUAUUGCUUUAAGAGUUUCUCCCAUGGUGGAGGCAGUAUCCAGUUCAGUUUUCACAGGUUGUUGUGAAAUGUACUGCAUUGCUGAGUCUUGAACUACACAGCUAGUACUGAAGAGAGUCUGAAAGUGUUCAGACCAUCGAUUCAAAAUGGAAACUUUACUUGUGAGAAGCAUUUGGCCAUCUGCACUGAGUAAAGGGCUUUGAACCUGGUGUGUAGGUUGUUUUCAGAGCCUCAUAGAAUCCCCUGUAGUCACCUGUAUCUGCUCAUAAUUGGAUUUUUUCCACUAGAUUGGUCCACCACUUGUUCUGGUUGUCACAAAGUUUCUGUUGUAGCUUGCUGCAUGCGAGUCAAAAGGCUGCUUUUGUUAUAUGACAAGAUGGCUGAGCAAGGUGGGUUUGGUGAGCAGUUCUCUUCUUAUACAACAGUUCCUGGACCUUAUGAUUGUUUUCAUCAAACCAGUCCUUGUUUUUCUUGAAGGAGAACCCUAAGGACUCUUCAGAGGACUGCAGAAUGCUUUUUUUAAUAAGUUACCAAAGCACUUCAGGAGAGGGAUCUGUGGAAUGAACUUUGAGCCUGGAUUGAAGAUUUGCCUGGAAGCUGUCCCUCACUGUAGCUGUUUGAAGACUGUUAACUUGAAGUCUCCUUCUAGGAAUGUCGCACUUUUUAGGUUUGAACUUAAGGUGGAGGUUAAGUUUGCAGUGCACAAGGCAUUCUGCACUAGGCAUCACGCGGGUGUGACGAACAUCAUGGAUAUCUGUCUGUCGGACCAAGUUUGGUUGCAUAAUUUUAAUUAUACAAGCCUAACAAAAACCUGGAAAUCAUGAAGCUUUUAAUUUCCUUUUUAGAAAUUUGGUUUUUUAUAUGCUAGAAUUUCUUUAGAUCAACAAGGUUCUUUAAAGUUUUCAUCCUAACUUCAGUGAGACUUCUCUGUGGUUAAUUUUAGCCACAUAUUUAAAAGUACCUGUGGAAUUAGGGUUUUUACAUGACUGAGUUGAUUGUUUGUACAUCAGAAAAUACAAACAAAUGCAAAAUUUUACUGAUUUUUCUCUUGAUGAAAUAUUUUUAUUAAUUUAUUCAUAAGGGAAAACAAAUCAAAUCUUUAUGUCCUUUAAGCAACCAACUGUUUUUUCCAAGUGAGCAUGAACACCAGUCUCUAAGGCUUAAAUCACACCUUUCUAUAUGGAGAGCAGUUAAACUUAUGCAUCUGUGCAAUUAUUAUAGGUCAUCUCAGAAAACAAAAAUAGACUGAAUCCUCUAUAAUGUUAUUUUCAUAAUAAAGAUACUGAAGAGUCAAAUAGCACAACAGAGCAUAGAAUCAUAGAAUAGAAUCAGUGUUUGUUUCUUUUAAACAGAACAGCAUUAGAUAUGGGGUAAUGCAUGAUUCCUUCUCGUUGCAGUCCCUUUUUCUGUGAUGUAAUUGAAGUGCCCUGCAAGUAAAAUAGUGUUAUUUGGCUUAGGAGCACAUACUUGGAGAUUGAUUUUAGCACUCCAGACUUAUUUCUUGGGGAACUCAGUUUUUCUGUGUUCACAUCCAGACUUGUAAACCCAAUCCUGUUUGCGAAUCCCCAUUUUGCUAUUGAAUUUGUGUUGAAUUUCACUCCUAUUUGGUGGAUCCUAACUUGAGUACUACUACUGUAAUUGUUAUCUUUUGUGUUGGGACACAAGUUAACCUCUUGAAACAAAGAGGAUUCCUGAAAUUUAUCUAUAUAUGUAAGGACUGCCUUAGGUUGUGUAACUGCACAAAAUCAGCAUAAUUCAGAAGUGGAGCUAAACCCCAUGAUUUGUCCUGCUUUAUGUGUCUGAACCACUAUGUUUUGCAGAACAGAAAGAAACUAGGAAGCAAGUCCACAAAGAUAUCCUUUGUUAACUUGCUGGACUGAUAGUCUACCACUCUGGGAAGCUUCCUCAAAAAACUAGGAUAAAAGAAAGAUCAUCAUGAGUGAACAGGGGAAGCCAAGUCAUCAGUCAUCUUCCCUGUCCCCUCAAGCUGCAGCAGGGUCACAAGUAAACACCUUGAAAGAAGAAACCUGGAAUGCAGCUAUGGCAGUGAAUCAACCUUGGUUUGCACAGUUGUGUCAUGAUACUGGUCAUGCAUGGUGCCUUCAUAAGUACAACCACUGGAAAGAGGAGGGAAAAUACAACUGCCAAAUUUUAAGACUGCUCCAAGGACUGAUUUAAAUGAAUGAGCAGAAGGAAGGGACAGCAUGGAGGAAAGCAGGGCUCUGAGGUAUACGGGGAGGCCUUACUGUUGUGAGGUGCUCGCUUCAGGUCCUACCCAGUGCAUGGCAGGAAAAGGGACUCAGAGAACAAAGCUGAAGUGGGGGGAGAGCACAGCACAUGGGCAGCACCAUGCCUGGGGCAGCUGGACCACCUGGGGAGAUGUUACAGUGUAGGGGGCAGUGCAAGGACACAAUCCCUGUGUGUGGAGGACCAGGCAUAAGUAUGUUUUGUCUCAAGCAUUCUGACAGUUGCGACGGGAAAGUUGCAAUCGGAAGAGAGGGCCCUGCAGAAGUGGGGUAACACUAUUCUGAGCCAACUUUCUGUUCUGCCUUGAGACACUGUGCUCAUCAUGCUUGCGUCAACUCCCCCUCCGCCCCCAACUCACCUCCUGGAGGACUCAAAAAGGGCUGAUUGCAUGUGUGCAAAGUGGAGUGAAAAGUCUACAUAAGAGGUUGCACCAGGUUAACUAUAAAAGGAAGUGGAUCAGGCUCCCUCACUCUCUUUUUCCUCUCUUUCACUUUCUUAGUCUCACUGGCCCAGCUCUGGACCAUCCACAUGGCAAGGAUCUAAGGACUGGUGAUAUUCUUUGUUCUCUCUCUCCCUCUUCUAUCUUUAUUUCUCUCCUCCUUUGCUUUGCCCAGGCAAAGCACAUCUAUCAUAUUCUAUCCCGUACUCCAUACUGAGGUUUGCUGUGGGAGUGGGGAGCUUGUGGAAGUGUGUUGUGGCUUGUGAGCCAGCACCUCUGAGUAGUUUUUUGUGGGGGUUGAGAGCUUAUUGAAGUGUACUGUAAAAAUUAAGGUCUUGUUAGCCAACACUUUUGAGUCUAAAUAUUGGGCUGGUUGCUGGAGUUAUGAUGACUGUACAAUAAAGCAUAACAGUCUCCUAACACGUGUCCAGUGUCUCUGUUCAGCUUGAGAAUUUGCAAUGAACAUCACGCUCCCUACUGGUGGGUUGUGACCACAGUGUUACACAGAAACAGCAAUUGAAUG